AUGACCGGCAAACUCGCCGAGAAGCUGCCGGUGACCAUGAGCAGUUUGCUAAAUCAACUGCCUGACAAUCUGUACCCCGAGGAGAUCCCCAGCGCGCUCAACCUCUUUUCUGGCAGCAGCGACUCGGUAGCCCAUUACAAUCAGAUGGCUACAGAGAAUGUGAUGGACAUCGGUCUGACCAACGAGAAGCCCAACCCGGAACUCUCAUAUUCGGGCUCCUUCCAGCCAGCCCCCGGCAACAAGACCGUGACCUACUUGGGAAAGUUCGCCUUCGACUCCCCUUCCAACUGGUGCCAGGACAACAUCAUUAGCCUCAUGAGCGCCGGCAUUUUGGGGGUGCCCCCGGCCUCUGGGGCACUCAGCACGCAGACCUCCACGGCCAGCAUGGUGCAGCCGCCGCAGGGGGACGUGGAGGCCAUGUAUCCGGCGCUGCCCCCCUAUUCUAACUGCAGUGAUCUCUACUCGGAGCCUGUGUCUUUCCACGACCCCCAGGGCAACCCCGGGCUCGCCUAUUCCCCCCAGGAUUACCAGUCGGCCAAACCAGCCUUGGACAGCAACCUCUUCCCCAUGAUUCCCGACUACAAUCUAUACCACCACCCCAACGACAUGGGCUCCAUGCCGGAGCACAAGCCCUUCCAGGGCAUGGACCCCAUCCGGGUCAACCCGCCCCCUAUUACCCCGCUGGAGACCAUCAAGGCAUUCAAAGACAAGCAGAUCCACCCGGGCUUUGGCAGUCUGCCCCAGCCGCCGCUCACGCUCAAGCCCAUACGGCCUCGCAAGUACCCCAAUCGACCUAGCAAGACCCCGCUCCACGAGCGGCCACACGCGUGCCCGGCGGAGGGCUGCGACCGCCGCUUCAGCCGCUCGGACGAGCUGACCCGGCAUCUGCGCAUCCACACGGGCCACAAGCCCUUCCAGUGCAGGAUCUGCAUGCGGAGCUUCAGCCGCAGCGACCACCUUACCACUCACAUCCGCACGCAUACGGGCGAGAAGCCCUUUGCCUGCGAGUUCUGCGGGCGCAAGUUUGCGCGCAGCGACGAGCGCAAGCGCCACGCCAAGAUCCACCUCAAGCAAAAGGAGAAGAAGGCGGAGAAGGGGGGUGCGCCUUCUGCGUCCUCGGCGGCCCCGGUAUCCCUGGCCCCUGUGGUCACCACCUGCGCCUGA